AUGGCUACGAAGGCGUUAAAAGCACUACCACACGAGAAGCGCAAAGGCGAAUCGGCUCUUAGCGAAUUUGCCGAAUAUGUUGAACAGCAACAGAACAUACGAUUCCCUACUGCCCACCUGACCUCCGCCGACUCGACCGAGCACCAUGAAGAACUCGACGAUCUUUUUGACUCCUUGGAUCUGGCAGACACUAGCACUCGAAUAUAUAUGAAGCCGCUUCUCCUCGGUGCUGACGAAGCGUCAAUAGCUCAGCUGCAGAACCUCAUGGUCGAGCGAAUAGAGGAAGGCCAGGGAGAGGCCAUCAUGGAGCUGGGCUAUGAGAAUAGUGGCGAAUCGAUGAACCUGACGCUGGACGAAUGGAACAUUGCCCACGACACACUCAAGACAGCCGCCAAAAAUAUCGACGCCAGCUGCCAGCUGCUGCUGACUAUCAAUGUCGGCGGUGAAGCCGAGGCGGCAAGCACAACCACCGCUCCAACGAAGGACAAGAGCUGCAGUGGUAAAGUGCUGCUUCGCCGAGCGCCAAAGAAAAUCGAAGAGGCCAUCGAGACGCGAAUAGCCGUAGUGGGCAAUGUUGAUGCCGGUAAAAGUUCGCUCCUGGGUGUCCUUGUUAAAGGGGAUCUUGACGAUGGACGAGGAAAGGCUCGCGUUAAUCUCUUCCGCCAUAAACAUGAGAUUGAAUCUGGGCGAACCAGCUCUGUCGGCAUGGAGAUCCUGGGCUUUGACGCCACGGGCAAAGUUGUCACUUCUGACGUUCCUGGGCGAAAACUGUCUUGGGAAGAGAUCGGAAAGCGAAGUGCCAAAGUCAUCACCUUUACCGAUCUUGCUGGCCACGAAAAGUACCUGCGCACUACAGUUUUUGGCAUGCUUUCCAGCAGCCCAAACUACUGUGUCCUCAUGGUUGCCGCAAACCACGGCCUAACGGCGAUGAGCAAAGAGCAUCUUGGCAUUGCGCUGGCACUCAAUGUUCCGGUCAUGGUCAUAAUCACCAAAAUUGACAUCUGCCCACCCCACGUUCUCGAGGAGAGCAUAAAGCAGAUUACCAAAAUCAUGAAGAGCCCCGGAGCGCGCAAGAUCCCAACCUUUAUCAAAGACCGUGAGGACUGCAUCAAUACCGCAACACAGUUUGUCAGUCAUCGAAUAUGUCCCAUUUUCCAGGUCUCCAAUGUCACUGGCCAGAAUCUCGAUCUUGUGCGCCUCUUUUUCAAUAUCCUUCCUCAUCACGGAAGGUACAAUUCCGAGGGCCCGUUCGAGUUUCAAGUCAAUGAUACCUUCUCUGUACCCUUCACCGGGACAGUAGUGUCUGGAAUCAUCAAAUCGGGUGUCAUUCACGAGGGCGAUACUGUUGUCAUUGGCCCGGACUCGCUUGGCCAGUUCAUGCCCACUGCGAUUCGCUCAAUCGAACGCAAGAGGCUUCGAGUCCCUGCGGCAUCUGCUGGUCAGUCCGUCUCCUUUGCUUUGAAAAAGGUGAAGAGAAAAGACGUACGAAAAGGCAUGGUUGUUCUCCCGAAACCCGAAGGCGAGGUGCCGCCCGUGGUCCACCGAGACUUUGUAGCUGAAGUCCUCAUCCUCUCGCAUGCUACUACUAUCAAGAAAAAGUACCAGGCGAUGCUGCAUGUCGGACCAGUCUCCCAGACAUGUGCCAUCAUCGACAUUGAUAGGGAGCUCAUCCGCACGGGUGAUCGGGCGACGGUCGCAUUUCGUUUCGUGCAACGGCCCGAGUACCUAGCUCCGGGCGACAGGCUGCUAUUCCGUGAGGGGCGAACGAAAGGCCUCGGCAUUGUGAAGUCGGUGGGCUACGACCCGGAGCAUCCUCUCAAUAAGGAGGCUGCGGCGAACAAUGGCGCCAGGACGGGAGCUGGGCAGACGACGGGGAGGUAA